GAACUGCCUCAGUUACAGUGGCCGGUCUAUUGACAUGUUCGCGUGUGACCAAGAAGCUGGUCUCACAAGAGAGGUAUCUGUUCUUCGGGGCUGGAGCGGCAUCGACGGGAAUCGCCGAGAUGAUAGUGCACCAGAUGCAGAACGAAGGCAUCUCUAAAGAGGAGGCUUGUAACCGCAUCUAUCUGAUGGAUAUCGAUGGGUUGGUGACCAAACAUCGCAAGCAGUUGAACGAUAGACACGUGAAAUUUGCAAAGGACAUGCCCGAGACGAGCGAUAUUUUAGAGGUGAUUCGAGCGGCCAGACCUGGAGCCUUAAUAGGUGCGUCGACAGUGCGGGGGGCAUUUUCGGAGGAUGUGAUCCGUCUGAUGGCUGAGAUCAACGAACAUCCGAUAAUCUUUGCCCUCUCGAACCCGACCAGUAAAGCCGAAUGCACUGCCGAUGAGGCGUAUCGUUUUACGAAUGGUAGUGUUCUAUUCGCCAGUGGAAGUCCUUUCCCGGAUGUUGAAUAUAACGGGCACAUCUACAAGCCUGGGCAAGGCAACAACGCCUACAUAUUCCCGGGUAUUGCUCUGGGUACGAUU